GACAAAAAAUGACUGUGUUAUUUAAACCAAACUUUAUUUAGAUUUAAACAUUUCUGUACAAGCAUUACAUUAAAGCAAGCUGAGAAUUAAACGUGUAAUGUUCCAUCCUGCUGCCUGUGAGAAGGUGUAUAGUAGGACCCAGGGGAGCACUGACAGUUCUGAGGACAGAAGAGCAUGUGUCUGGUUCAAAGAGGAAAAGAAAAGAAAAAAAGGAAAAGAACACAGGGAAUACAAUGUGUGACAGUCACAGCCCUACACAGCUCUAGAUCCAGAGAGCAUCCUGAUAAAACACCAACCACAGAGCUGAGAAAUAUUUACCAACACCAGCGGAAGCUGUGAGAAGAGGGGCAUCCUCUCCUCUUACCUGAGCCUGGGAGCGCACCACAGGACACCUGUUCCACCUCUGAGAUCUACAGACAGAGCUGUCUCCUGUAGGACAGGAGCUGAAAACUAGACUCACUGCAGCGGAGUGGGAGAGGAACCAUGCUAUGCUGUGGACAGUCGUAACUCAUUUCAACUCGCAGGUAAUUCAGGCUGUGAUAGACCACCUGAGGAGAAACUGUAGACCACCUGAAGAGUGAAGAAGAUUGAAAGGCGCCCUGUAGAAGAACAAAAAAAAAAAACAUACAACAAUGUCCUGGAAUCUUCAGAUAUAACAACACUGUUCCUGCAUUUCUCUAUACUGGAAAAAAUAUAAUUUUGACAUUUUUGAAGAAGAGGUCCUCCCUUCAGCACAGUAUCUGAUAAACCAGUCUGAUGAAGAACAGAAUAUGCAGAAGCGAAAUGAGAAAUACAUCUAAAAAUUGGAGGAAAAUAUAUUUGGCCAUGGAGCCUCACGGCCUGGUGUCCAGGCUCUGAACUAUGGCAAAGGCAAGGUCAGGUCUUAUGCUGGGUCUCCUGACCAAUCAGACAAAUCCAAAUGACACAUCUGGUCAAUGGCCGUCCACCAAGCCCACCCCGCCGAGCAUGGAGGAGGUCAUCCACUCGGAGUCCCAGAUUAAAGAUCUGGUGGGUUUAUUUUGUAUGGUCACCCUUAACCUGGCCGCUCUGUUGGGCAACGCUGGAGUGAUGGUGGCCAUUGCUCGAGCCCCACAUAUGAAGAAAUAUGCGUUUGUGUGUCAUCUUUGUGCGGUGGAUCUACUUUGUGCCAUAUUACUAAUGCCUCUUGGGAUAAUAUCAAGUUCACCCUUCUUCAAUACUGUGGUGUUCACGGUUCUGGAGUGCCAGGUCUACAUUUUUCUCAACGUGUUCCUGGUCUGUGCCUCUAUUCUCACCGUAACGGCCAUUAGUGUGGAACGCUACUAUUACAUUGUUCAUCCCAUGCGCUAUGAGGUGAAGAUGACUAUUCACCUGGCUGUUGGAGUGAUGGUGUUCAUUUGGCUCAAAUCCAUCCUUUUAGCUCUGGUUACUUUGCUUGGUUGGCCAGCAUAUGGCAACCAGAGCUCCAUUGCUGCCGCCCAUUGCUCUCUGCACUGGAGUCACAGUCGUCUCAGGAAAGUCUUUGCCAUUCUCUUUAGUGUGGUGUGUUUUCUGGUUCCGGCGGUUAUAAUUUUCAGCGUGUACAGCAACGUCUACAAGGUGGCGCGCACAGCCGCCCUCCAGCACGCUCCCGUACCCACCUGGGCCGCUAAUCAAGCCAAGUGUCGCUCAGAAUCCAUCAACAGCCAAACCACCAUCAUCACCACCACCCGCACCCUGCCUCAGAGAUUGUCUCCAGAGAGAGUGUUUGGCGGUGGCAAAGCUGCUCUGACGCUUGUGGUCAUCGUAGGACAGUUCCUCCUGUGCUGGCUGCCCUACUUCAGCUUCCAUCUCCACAUGUCCAUCACAGCUCCUCAACAAAGUCCAGGAGACGUAGAGGAGGCUGUAACCUGGCUGGCGUACUCCUCGUUCGCAGUCAACCCCUUCUUCUACGGUUUGCUCAACAGGCAGAUCCGAGAGGAGCUCAUAAAGCUAAGGAGAUGUUGCGCCUCCAACAGGCCAGUGGAGCUCGGGGCUUCCAGCCAUGAAGGAUCCAUUCAGGAGAACUUUUUGCAGUUUCUGCAGAGGACCACCAGCACAGCCGAGACCACAAGGUCAAGCUGUGUGAACUCCAGCCCUCGGAACACUCUGGACCACGGUGUCCGGAUACCCGGGCAGAUACCCGAAGAGUAAAAGUGAAAAUUUAAUAAGUAGUUGUUUUAUUGUUGGAUCAAAAACUCUGACUCGGACUGUUUGGUGGUGUUGUGUUUCAGUUUCACAUGCAAAAAAAAUGUUUGAUGAGUUGUUUUUGUUUGGGUGAAUGUUACAUUCAAUAGCUAAGUUAUAUUAAUAUUGAUAGAGUUAAAUAUAUUACAAAUGCUAUAAAACUUUAAUGUUGUACCAUUGACAGAUAAUAACAGUUUAAAUAAAGCAAUAAAAAAGAAGUGCUUGGUAGCACUUUACUCUAGAUGAGAUUUGUUUAUGACAACUGACACAAACUAAUAAAUACAUAUCGGCUUAUUUCAACAAAGGUGCUACCUGCAAUGGACUGGUUUCCACACCACCUGAUUCAACUCAUCUGCUAAAUGUCAGCUGUUUUAAUACUUUUGGGAUGAAAUUACUCAAUAAUUAAAGCAAGAAGUCUCAACAAAGACAUUGAAGGACUAUUGAAAUAAGCCUUUAUGCAGGUCGAUGUCAGUUGGUAUGAAGGGCUUGGGAACUAUGAAUAGCUUAUGAUUAUGGUUAUGGUUCUCUAUAGCAGUGGUUCCCAAACCCAAGUGGUUCUCCCAACAUACCUGAUCCCUAGGAAACCACUAAAGCAGGAAACCACUAAAAUGUGCAGGACCAGGUUUGGAAACAGCAGCCCUACACUAAAUUGUUGUAAAAUACUUUUAUACAGUGGUUCUCAAUAGGGUUCAACCAAAAUAAACAUUUGUGGCUUUAACUGAACAAAUAAAAUACCAAAUAUUUAGUGCAUCCCUAGUUCCCAACCUUGAUCCUGUUGGGCCCCCUGCCCUGCACAUUUUAAUGUUUACAUUGCUCCCAAUACACAUAUAAUACAGCUAAUUAGCUAAAUACCAACUGUCAACCCUUUUGGGCCAGGUAGUGUAUCUAACUACAAAACAGCAUGUGAUCUGAUAAAGCAGUGUUUAUACUGUAUAUUUAUUACUGUAAUACUAUAUUAUAACGCUAAACAACGCUCAAUACUUUGUGUAACUGUAUUUAUUUUGCAUUAUUUGACAAAAAGGGUGUUAAAGGGAUAUUUUCAUAAAUUGAAUGAACAACUGUAAAACAGAAAUUGUUCUGUUUGUGUUAUUUUUUAAAUUCCGCUCAGCUGUAUGUGUGACGUCGGCUGCACUAAUCCCAAGUGGACAGGCAGUAGUCUGGCUAAUUCCAUCCGUCCAUCACCAUGGAAAUGCUGUGUGUGUCGUCCAGCAUAACAACAGGGCUCGUUUCAGCUCAGUCCUCAGGUUUGUUUGUAUGAAAUGGGAUAAAAUACAGGGUAUUGCAUUAUUAGCUUUUGGGGUCAUUAUCAGAAUACUGCGCCUUUUGGCCUUUAUAACUUAUUUUCUCAUUUUAUUUUUUGUCAUGCAUUUAUCUACCCUGCCAUGGGUGGACAAUUUCAGCAAACAUUGUCUUUUGAUGAAAAUGUGUUUGACCGAGAGUUGCAAAUAUUGUGAAUUGUUUAUGAUGAUCUUGCUCUUUUUAAUAAUGUUUUAGAUAAACAUUUUCAUUUUAUAUUUUUUUUAUUCUUAUUAUUUAAAAUUAUUAUUUAAAUUAACGUGAUAUUUUACCAUGACAGGUUGAACAGCAUAAGCUUAAUCUCAGUAUAGAGACAAAAUGAUAGAUACUGUAUUAAAUGAUGAUAAUAUUAUUAUUUGUUGAACAUGCAGCAGAAAGUGUCUUCUGUCCCUUAAAAUAAAACAGUUGUGAUGUCA